AUGGAUUCUGAUAAUGGCACAGUGUCUCCAUAUUGGGGUUUGGGUAAUAUUACAAAAAACGAAGAACAUCACUUUGAAGAAACAAAACAGACUUACAUUUAUCACGUGGCUUUUAUAUGCCUGACACUAUACGUUGGAGUAAUUUGCCGAGAAUGGCUGAAAAGACUACGAUUUCCCUACACAGCUUUUCUAUUUCUCUUCGGGUGCAUUCUGGGAGUUGUAGACCGCAACCUAAAGCAAUUCAGAAUCAUGACAGACUUGGCAAAGUUCGAUUCCCGCCUCAUGAUGCACAUAUUCCUGCCAGUCAUCAUAUACGAGUCGGCCUAUUCAUUGGAUCCUCACAUGUUCUUCAUGGCACUCACUCAGUGUUUACUAUUGGCUGUUCCAGGAUUACGUAUUUCUUCCAGCCUAACCACGCUCAUCGAAGGAGAAUCAUUACUGAACGAUGGAACCGCCAUCGUUUUGUUUGAUUCUUUGAUAAAAGUAUACGAAGGGGGCGAGUUUUCUGUGGAAAGAAUCGUUUCUACUUUCCUCUACGACUGUGGCGUAUCCAUAGCAGUUGCAUACCUUAUAUCCAAGGGCACUGUGAUUCUGCUCAAAAGAAUAGAACUGGACACAGAUAUCGAAGUCACAUUCACCUUCUGCAUUGCCUACCUAACUUACUACACAAGUGAAGUCACUCUCGGGGUCUCAGGCGUCCUCUCAGUGGUCGUUUUGGGCGUCAACGUGGCUUCCUACAAAAGCAGUAUCAAUUAUGAAACGGAAGAAACGAGCACGAUUCAUCAAUUCUGGGAAACACUCAGCUUUUGGGCAAACACAUUGAUAUUCACCUUUGUAGGUAUUAUCAUAGCAUCUCGGAGUGUCAUAGAUUUUGGUGAUGUUGGAUUCAUAAUUGCCACCUACGCUGCUGUCACAUUUUUCAGAGGUGUCAUGAUUGCUGUUUUGAGUCCUGUUUUGCAAUCAAUUGGUUACGGUUUUACAUGGGACUAUGGGUUUGUCCUUGUGUGGGGAGGUCUCAGAGGAGCAGUUGGAUUGGCGCUCGUCCUGAUCGCUCAGCAUUCCAUGUCACCCGAGACUGCAAAUCAGGCUGAGGAGAGUUACAUCUUUGUUAGAAAGUAUGCGAGAAAGUUUUUAGGAGACAACUUCCACUCCGUUUUCUUUUGA